AUGGCCAUACAUGUACGGCUUUUUUCCUCCGUUGCUGUAAAUAUUCAAUUGUUCCUAUACUUAAUUCUCUAAGUCCAUUUAUAAUUUAUAUGUUUCUGUAUUUUCCUGUGAAUAGUAUGAAAUACAUGCUGUGUAAUGUUUUUAGGUAUUGACGGAUGGCGAAAAGCAGGAUCACAUUGAACAAGACCUGGACGAAAAAGAGCGUGCAGCUCAGACAAGUAAGAAAAUCUUGCAAAAGUUCGUCUCGAACUGGACAACGUAUACUCCAAAACGACACAUGCACAAACAGCUCAAGAAUUAUCAAGAGCAACAGUUGAAGGAGAUUCCUGGGGCUUCCAAAAAGACUGGUACCGUCAUGCAUGCGGCGCUGACCAGUGAGAUCGAUAGCGAAGAUUAUAAAGUGGACGGGCGACCGAUAGAGACGGGAAAGCGUGUUCGAAAUCACGCAUUAAUACAUUACAUAGCGAAGUUGGCCGUCUCGAAUCACGAUAACGAUACUUUUGAUUUCGAAUUCGUUCAGAGUUUGCUCAAGAACGGCGCGGAUAUAAACGCGACGGACAAAUACGGUCAGACUGUGUUUCAUGAAGUAGCGAGGUCGUGGCACGCUGAUGUCGCCGAGUUUUUAAUAAGAAAUGGUAAUAAAUCCUAUUGCUAUAUAAUAAUGGUAAUAAAUCCUAGUGACAUCUUGUCCCUUGGUGCUUGUGAUGUUACUCUGAGUGCAUAUCCACACCAGGCAAGCUUGAAAAAUAUGCCUGACCACGGUGGGAAUCGAACCUACGACCUUUGGAAUACUAGCCCAAUGCAUGCGCUGCCAACUGAGCUACGCGGUCUGGUCGGUUCGAGUAUGUGAUAUUUCGGAACAGAAUCUACUUCCUUCGAUAUCAAUGUUAUCUAAUAAUAAUCAUGAUUUUUUUCUGUGUUGGUGUAAUGUACUCAGGUGAAUGUGAUGCUUGUGAUGUUACUCUGAGUGUAUAUCCACACCGGGCAAGCUUGAAAAAUAUGCCUGACCACGGUGGGAAUCGAACCUACGACCUUUGGAAUACUAGCCCAAUGCGCUGCCAACUGAGCUACGCGGUUUGGUCGGUUCGAGUAUGUGGUAUUUCGGAACAGAAUCUACUUCCUUCGAUAUCAAUGUUGCCUAAUAAUAAUCAUGAUUUUUUUCUGUGUUGGUGUAAUGUACUCAGGUGAAUGUGAUGCUUGUGAUGUUACUCUGAGUGUAUAUCCACACCGGGAAAGCUUGAAAAAUAUGCCUGACCACGGUGGGAAUCGAACCUUCGACCUUUGGAAUACUAGACCGCGUAGCUCAGUUGGCAGAGUAUUGGGCUAGUAUUCCAAAGGUCGUAGGUUCGAUUCCCACCGUGCUCAGGCAUAUUUUUCAAGCUUCCCCGGUGUGGAUAUACACUCAGAGUAACAUCACAAGCAUCAUAUUCACCUGAGUACAUUACACCAACCCAGAAAAAAAUCAUGAUCUUGUCGCUUGUUACUUUGAUUUAAGUCUGGAUUUAAGUAAAUUAAUGGUCAUCGAUGAAAUUACACUCACGUUGGGUCACGUCGCAUCAUCACUCCUGUAUUGGACUAUUUUUCCCGACUGAUACAAAGUUUCUACUGUUUUUCCAUAUUCAACGUUACCGGCUACAGCUAUGUAUUCCUUAAGUAUCUCUUAAAGUCCAGAGAAUAACGGGUGUCGUGUGUAAUAGAAUCUGAAUAUUGAAAGUUUUUUGUAUAUAGAAAUUAUGCAGAUGGUAAUUUCGAGAGCAAAGUAUAUACAGUUUAGACCUAACCAGAAGCAACUGUAAAAAAUGCAACUAUUUAACAAUUAGACAACGAGGCCGAGUUUGUCUAUGAGCGAAUAGUCAACGAGGCGAAAAUUAGUAUAAACUUUAACAUUAAUUUACAACUAGGCUGCAAACACAAUACAAAAAUACACAAAAAAACAUUAUAAAACCAUUAAAGGUAAACAAAUAUUUUAGUUUUUGUUCGCGUAAAAUGUUUUACAAAAUUCAGUUUUAAUUUUAAAAUUUCAUUGAGUGUAUGUUAUUUUGUCUAUUUUCUUACCCUUAAAAAUUGCCAUUCCAUAUUUUUGUUGCUUUUUUCGGGGGUUUUAGUACAGAAUUGUUUAACAAGCCGCCAUUUUGAAUUUUCUAUUAGUAGGUUAUCACUAAUAGCCUACUAGUAGCGUAGCCAAUCAGAAGGCACGAUAUGUGAUAGCCUACUAGUAGGUUUACACUAAAUAUAUAUAUAUAGGCCGUCUGGCAGGACUCGAACCCGUGGCCCUGCGAUUCCGGUGCAGUGCUCUAAUCAACUAAGCUACAUAGUCCAGUUGUCGAAGCUUUAGCCUCCUUUUCGCUUUCUGGUCGGGUUAUAUAUAUCUGAUUCAACACCGCUGCUCAUGCUGUAAAUAUUAUGAUCUACACUCGAAAUUUCCAUCUUCAAAAACCCUUAGACAUUUAGUUCUAUCGAAUGAGAUGCCCAAACUCUUGUAAUAGAAUCUGAUUGUCUCUUUUCUCACAGGUGCCAACAUGAAUCAGCAAGAUAAAUAUGGUCGCGCACCACUGCACGUUGCAGCCGCAGUUGAUUACGUUGAGAUGGUCGAGUUCCUGGUCACCAAGGGAGCUGAUGUUAAUAUACGUACUACAGGUGAAGAACAAACACCCAUCCAUUUUGCAGCCAAGAAUGACGCUUGUAAAAGUUUGAAGGCUCUGGUCGCUUAUGGAGUGGACGUUAGUUGUAGAGAUUACCAAGAGAGAACGCCUCUGCAGGUAGCGCAUUUUUCUGUUUCACAUUUACCUUAUGUUCAGAUUUACCUGUCUGUUACCCUCUGGAAAAUGAUGGCUCAAUUUUCCUAAGGGCAUAAUCAGUUGUCAUCCUAAGUUAGAUUUCUGCAAUAUUCAGUUGCCUGAUACUGAAUUUGACCUCAGUCGCACGAGGAAAGAGCACUUACAGUUUCACUCUACCAUUACGCCCCGACUCUACGUACCAAAGUCCGUACGAUUCCGGGAUACGCCGGUUUCCUCCGACAAUAUAUCGAAAUAAGGAAAGGCCCUUAUUGGAAUUUUAAGAAGAACAGGUUGAUAAAACUAGUUUAGUGUCAUCUCUAAUUUUAUGCCUUUUCAAUCUCUAGCUCUCUGCAGCGAUGAGUAGAUCAAAAGCUGCUCGAUUGUUGAUCGACCUUGGUAUCCCGGCAGGCGUCUACGACAAGGAUGGCGAAAUGGCCGUCUCUUUGCUCGUUAUUAAAAUGCCAGAUGUCGCCAAACUUGCUAUGGAUCAAUUUUACUCGGAGGAUCACAUCAACAACAAGCGAUACUACUUCCUAAACUAUCUGGAAGGCAGCCGCGUGGUUGACGGACAAUCGUCAGCACGCACACCCCUGGAGGCUGCUGUGGCCAGCAAUAGUGUGAAUAUUAUCAUGCAUCCCGUGAUGCAAUGCCUGGUUGCGACGAAGUGGGAGAGGUUUGGUCGCCGUUGGGCGUUGUUCGAUUUUAUCUUGAACAUGGUCUCUGCAAUAAUCUGGACCUCUAUGGGUGUGACCUUACCUGUAGAUCAUAACUUACUGUAUAACCCACCUCGUGAAAAGUGGUGGCGAAUGGUUUUAGCUUGCUUGGCACUCCUGUUAACUUUCUAUGAACUACUAAGGCAGGUUGUUAUAACAAUCCGCAAUAAUCGUUCCCUUACACAAUGGAAAAAUUAUCGUACGAGAUCGUUGUCGCGUGAUAAACCCUUCUGUCAUCCACAAUGGCCUGACGAAGCAAGAUACGUUGACAGUGAAAUAAAAAGCGUCCACGAACACCGUUGGCUUGCAACGCACGAUCGUUGGGUCUACAUGGACUGGUUGGCACUUUCCCUCAUCGUUGCCUCGGCAAUUUCCCACGUGGUGUUCUUCUGGCAAGGUACGCCAGGAGCACACACUGUUCACGUGCGUAUCAUGUGCGUGCUAUUGAUUGUCAUCUGGGUGCGUAUACUGAAAUUUGUGCGACCGUUUCAAGGCACUGGUGCAUUUGUGGCGUCCUCCACCAGGAUGCUGGGUGAUAUCUUGCUCGCUCUGUUCUUGGUCGUCAUUAUAUUUUUGCCUUAUGCUUCCUGUUUUUGGAUGCUGUUUGGUGGACUCAGUCCGUCUCCUGCAUUAGGUUUCAGAACGAUGCCUGCUGUUUUGUACGAGGUAAGUCAUUAUAGUAACAAAGAACUUUCCAGGUUAAGUUUAUGCAAUCUUGAAAUAUAUUGUGCUCAAUCCACCUGAAUUUAAGAGAUACACCAAAAGGAUUUUAGGUUUUGAACACACUUCAUCGCAAAGACAAGACAUGGAGAAAAUUAAAUUGCCCCACAAAAGAAAAUAUAUAUCUCAGGAGACUGGGAACUGUCCGGAAUAGUGGGAAACAUUGAGAUUCGAGUGGAAAGAAAACUAAAUAUUUCCCGAGCGAACAGACAUUAAGUGUUUUGUUAUAUAGCGCCGAAAAACAAUUUUAAUCAACAACAUUUAUGCAACAAUUGUAAUUCAUGACAAAACCUCUGUAGAGUAAACGAGUUUAAAAUUAAAAGAAACUACUUAAUAAACGGUUUCAACAGCAUAUCUUGUUGCCUGUCGUGUAUUUUUCUUCUCUUUUACAUUUUCUUUAUUUUAACACAAACUUAAAUCGUAGUUUAUAAACUUACCAGUUGUGCUGACAUUUUGUUUAUUUAUGUACGUAGCCGGUCUGGGCGGGCAACAAUUUUUCUCUUGUCGGCCGACGGGAUACAUUGCAUUUUUUAAAGCCACGUGACAAUAAAUAAUCCAAUCACGUUUGGUAUAUUCACCCUGGCUAUAAUUAUAAUUAUAAUGAUUGUUUUUGUGAUUGCUUAUGUAUUGUUUUUAUCUCUAGGUAUUCCAAAUGACUGUAUUAGAUACGAACCACAGCAUAGAGUCAUUCUUGAAAGUGGAUCCUUUCAUGGCUAGACUGUUAUCAUGUAGCUAUGUCUUCAUUUCAUUCGUAAUCGUCCUCAACUUAAUCAUAGCAAUGAUCACAGAUACUUUCAAACGCGUGUUCAGGUACGCGCAAGAACACGCCGCGAUAGAACGAGCCAAGACCAUCUUAAACAUCGAAGAUUCUAUGCGCGAAAAGUCCAGAAAGCUUUAUUGGGAAUAUAUCCGUAAUCACUGUAGUCCGCUGCCUAUGAGUCGUCUGAAUAGACAUGGUCGAACAAUAUUUUCAGAAAUGGUAUUGUAUUAUAUUUUUGUUUAUUAAUUAUCGCCCAUAACCAUUUUGUCUAUUAAUUAUUGCCCAUACAUUUAUGAUUCUCAAUAAUAACACAAGACUGAGUAAAGGUCAGGACCCUUUUAAAGAAUUCGUCAGUGUGGGGACAUGAAGGAAAAGGGACUUGUUUAUCCACACCAGGCAAAGACCGUAAAACGAUUGAAUAAUAUGAAGUAAAUUCACAGGAAAGCUGACAACCCUCUUUGGGGGGGGGGGCAUGCCCCCCAGGACAUGUUUAGAACUAUAAACCCGGAGAAAGAACUUGCAUCAAUUUCCUACAAUGAUUUUGUUUGUGGUGAUCAUGUGAGUCACCUGAUGAAAGGCAGAAUGAGGUAUAUUUCUGAAAACGCUUGUCUAAUGUAAAUGAAAUAGUAGAGUCUGAGAUUCGUGUAGUUGAUUAUAGUAUCUCCCCAUGCACGCGCAUGACUGAAGAAAAACAACGACAUAAGGUUAACUGUUCCUCUGCUCUGAAAAAUGAUAUGUUACGUACACGUAUGCUUGAAAGAUGAGUUUUCACCUCACUUAGUUGAACUGGAAUGCUGGAUUUGGUGGAUAAUCCAAGUAUAUGCACCCAAUUUAAGACCUAACCAGGAAUGGUUGCAAAAAAGCAACACUAGGUCUUCUGGCAAAAAUUGAACCCACGACCCUGUGAUUCUGGUGCAGCCCUCUAUACUGCCGAGGCAAGUUGUCGAGCUGUAACCGCAAGUUCAAAUAUAUAUUUUUGGGUGUGCGGGUUGUGAAAAAGUGAACUUGAUUUACUUGAAGGAUAUCAGAUGUGUUUUGCACUUUACUUGCUUGCCUAUCGUUUCCUAUGGCUACUUUUGCUUAAUACGUAAUAGCUAUGCCUGCAUGUCAUUGUGGAAUGGCGCAUUAUCGUACAGGCAUGUGGAUUUGUUUCUUUAAAUAGGUGUACGUCUUGUGUUAUAUUCACGAAUUUCCUUAUUAAUUACGAAAUUUAUGUUUAUUUCAGGUACAUAUGAACGAUCGAAUCCGAGAAACGCAUCAGCUUGUUGAAGCACGCUUCGGAAAGCAGUUUGGAGAAAAUAAAAAAUCCACCAUGGAGGAUAUGAUGAAAUUUGCGAACGAAAUCGUCACAAAUUACUCCGAAUCUAAAAAGAUGUUAGAAACGGUUUUUCUAGAGUUGAGAUUACUAGAAGAGCUGGUAAUGCCUAAAACAAAGACCAUUGACCAAUUUCCCGAGAAUGAUACGAAAUCUAGGAAUUUCAUUCCACCGGAUGAUCAAUUUGAUUCUGCAAGUGAUACUGGGCUUAAUCAUGCACGAUCAAUUGAAGCAUCUUCAAAACGAAGAUAUUCGAUCAAAAGCGAGCCUGGCGACAUUAAACAACGGAUGAAACAAAAGCUCAAGUCAAAAAGCAAGUCCGCCAGUCAGAUAGGAGUUCGCGACAAGUUGAAGAAAGAUCGAAGUGCGCUAAAGAAGAGGUCCAAAGGUAGGCAUGCAGAACUUUUUAAACUUUUAUUCCACACAAAAUGCGAAGUUCAAACUUUCAAUUCGCGCUGCUCUAUAAUUUGACAGUAUUAAAUUUAUUUAGAUGUACAUUGAAAAGAUCGAGAAUUUUUAGAACAAUUUUUGUGCGAAUUUCAAAUCAACACAGUCCAUUGAAUAAGAGUGCGGGAAAUUAUUAUACAAGACAUGUUGCAAUUCUUCCAAAACAGGACUAUUAAUUUGUCUAUUUAAUUUAUAUUCCGCUAAGCAGAGGUUUAAUAUUUUGUAAAUAUUAACGGCCCAUUGGAAAUCAACUACCUGGGUGUGUUGAAGAGUUACCGUUUUUAAAUAAGAGUUAAUAAAUAAAUAAAUAUACUCUAUGAUUAAUGUGCGUUUAUAGCAGGGUGUAAAAUUGUCAAAUAAUCAAAAGUGCUAAUGAUAUGAUUUUAGAUGUGGUUAGUCCACACCGAGCAAGCUAAAAAAUGCUUGGCCGCGGUGGAAAUCGAGUCCGCGACCUUUUGUUCGCUCGUCCAAUGCUCCACCAGUACUAGUAGAGUUAGAAGACCAAGUUAGUUCGACUACUCGAUUUAUAGUAGUGAGUUCAAUUUUUUCCCUUGAUGUGUUGUGACUGCGUGUUGGAAUGAUUCGAAACUAUACUAAUAAUAGCCUAUACAUUAAAAAUAUUACUCGACUGUGAUUGGUUGAUUUCAGUGCAGUUAAUCUCAAACUGCGGUGCAAAAUUCUGUAACAACAGUGCAAAAAUCUGUAACAAAAAUCUGAUUGGUGGAAAAACAAUGGGAAGAUUGAAUCAACCAAUCAGCUUAAAGAAGUUCUAAAAUAACGGUCACAGAUUGGUUCAAAACAAAACAAAUAUAACGCCGCGCUACAUAAAGUUCGGGUGGAAAAUAUGGCUUUAUCUUUUUUAAAUGGAAAAGACUUUACCUUAAACAAAACUAACAAAACUUACAUGGUUGAGUGGAAUUUUAAAGCCGUUAGCGUUGUAUAAUGUGAUAUAACAAAGCAGGAAAACGUUGUCAGUGGACGGUUAAAUUCUUUGCAUCAACGUAAAGUUGAUUAUCUCGAACAUUUUCAUGUAUAUUAUUAAUCCGUAAUAGGAUGGUUUCUCGUGAAAUUUGGAUAAAACAAGCACUCGUGAGUUUUUCAAAGACCUCAAAAUUAAUAGCACUCGUCCUUCGGACUCGUGCAUGUUUUAUCCAAAUUGCACUCAAAACCAUCCGAUUACCUAAUACUUAUACAAACCCUGCAGGUGGGGAAGAGGAACACCAAGAGAGAUAUGAAGAAAAUGUAGAUGAAGAGAGAGAUGUCGUUCGAAGAAGGACGAAAAGUAGAAGCAAGUCUGCUGGAAAUAUCGGUAGAAUUGAACCAAAAGAAAAACACCGCAGUAAGUCUUCCUCAACCAAAGACAUUUCACGGAGGAAAUACACCACUCGUGAUUAUGAUGAUUAAUAUAGAAGUUGCAUUUUCAAUGUUACACUGCAAGAAAUGACUGAGUAUUUUUACUCAACACCUUGAUGAGAAAAAAUAAUACACCCAGGGUGACACAAAAUUUUGAGUAAAAUUACUUCAUAUGUAUGCAAAAAUUGAGUAAUUUUACUGAAAAUUUUAAGGCAUUAUGGGUGCAUUAUUUCAGACAAGUUUUUUGUCUGGGUCAAAGUUUUUGCAGUG